AUGUCAGAGGCGAUUGACUAUGAAGAGUCCAUAGUGGAGUCCAAAGAUACCCUGUACCUCGCCUUUCUCACGAUUUGCAUUGGGGGCCUUCAGAUAGUCUGGUCCGUUGAACUCUCCAAUGGCUCCCCAUAUCUGCUCUCUCUUGGAAUGAGCAAAGCCUUGCUCGCAUUCGUUUGGCUUGCAGGCCCCUUGACCGGGUCACUUGUUCAGCCAUACAUCGGAAUUCUAAGCGAUCGAUGCCGAGUCUCGUGGGGGAAAAGGAAGCCCUUCAUGAUCGCCGGGACCCUGGGCACUGUUGCUUCGUCGAUGAUCCUUGCAUAUGCGCGAGACAUCAUCCGGGUCGUUGGAGGACUUGACGCAGAUGCACAGUAUGCCGGGGGCUACAAGACUGGAACUAUCGUCCUUGCCACAGUCAUGAUGUGGUGUCUGGACUUUAGCAUCAACACCGUACAAGCCGCAAUUCGCGCGUUUAUUGUCGACAACGCUCCUUCUCAUCAACAAGAGUCGGCCAAUGCAUGGGCUUCACGCAUGACAGGCAUUGGGAAUGUGUUCGGCUACAUCUUUGGAUACCUGAAUCUGCCACGAUAUUUCAGCUUCUUUGGAAACACUCAAUUCAAGGUCCUGGUUGUCCUAGCAUCCAUUGCGUUAAGUUCGACUGUUUUGAUCAGUAUCCUCGCCAUCAAGGAGCGGAACCCACAACUUGAUCCCCCGUCGAAGGCCGAUUACGAAUCGGGGGGUUUGCUGUCCUUCUUCAGACAAGUCUUCAGUUCCAUCAAGCGACUGCCGCCUCAAGUCCGCAAGGUCUGCGAAAUACAAUUCUUCCACUGGCUAGGCUGGUUUCCUUUUCUCUUCUACAUUACGACUUAUAUUGGUCAACUAUACGUUGACCCCCAUCUGAAGCCUGGUCUUUCGGAUGAUGAGGUAGAGCAGUUUUGGGGCAAGGCUACUCGAGUAGGAACACUUGCACUCCUCACCUACGCGAUCGUAUCGUUUGCGUCAAACAUAAUCUUGCCCUUCUUAGUUGUACCAACGUACAAACACAAAACGACAGAUGACGCCGAAGAUUUUGCGAGACCAAUCACUCCGACUUCGCCUAUCGGCACGAGAUCACGGGAAUUUCCGUGGGGCGAGCGCCCUACACUCAGUCGGUCUCAGACCAGUCUGUCACUCAAUCGGCCGCUCUCGAAUCCUGUCGCGAGCACAUCGUCCACUCGCAAUUCUGGCAUUUUUAGACACUGUUUGGAUAGGAUGCAAAUUCCAGGGUUGACAUUGCGACGAGCGUGGCUAAUCUCUCAGCUUCUCUUCACGCUCUGCAUGUGGAGUACUGUGUUCAUAUCGACACCCCUGGCGGCAUCAAUUAUGACUGCUCUGGUCGGAAUCUCCUGGUCAUUGACAUUGUGGGCUCCGUUUGCAUUGAUCUCCGCAGACAUUUCACAACGUGAUGAAGCGAGGCGAAAGAGACAGCGGCAGAGACUCAUAAAUGGAGAAGAUCUUGAAGACCUUGAUGAUAAAGAAACAGAUGAAGAAGAUCAAGCUGGUAUUAUCCUUGGACUUCACAAUGUUGCUAUCAGUGCUCCACAAAUUCUGGCAACAUUGAUUAGCAGCGCCAUCUUCAAACUGCUUCAGAAGCCACGAAACGAGCCAGGAGAUGUCAGUGUGGGAUGGACUCUGAGGAUUGGCGGGCUUGGGGCGCUGGCAGCUGCCUUUAUCACUUGGCGGAUGGAGGAACCUGGGAAUGAGGAUGAUUGA